CUUUACGUCGCCCAGUCCGCUCGAUUUGGAAGGCGGUGAGGUAGGAAUCCAGACGACGGGGACUGCUCCGUCCAACACCUGUCACCGUCUUAUCCUCGUCUUCGCGUCGACCUUGUCCCUUCCGUCCCGUCUCCUUGCUCCGUGGCCUUGCCAAUCCGAGACUUCAGCGCCCACUGCGUCGAUGCGAGAGACCACCCUCCCCCAAGCCAUAUCCCGAGUGCCCUCCAGAGCUUGAUCAGCGGCAUCUAGCUCGGGUCAGGCCUUGCACUGCGCCCCCGAUGCCGCUCCUCGGACCGUCUUCCACGCCGGACCUUGGCGCGGCGUCGCUGCCGAGGGCCAGCUCGCCCACGCCAUCGACGUCGUCCUCAACAAGAUCCAUCUGGCCCAGCUUCAAGCGCGUCACCAACUCCAUCAGUCAUACCGCUUCGCCUGACCUCGGCUCUUCUUUGGCCGGCAACAACAAGCGAGACAGUGGACCUGACGAAGGCAUGUGGGAUAACAACGAUGAUGCAUUUCUCAAGGAGGUCGCCUUCCAGGCAGCUUCCCCGACGAUGGAGCCUGAGCCUGCUCAGCAAUCAACGCCGGUCCCCGCACAGCUACCACCUGCCUUAGGCCCAGGUUCGGGAACAGGACAAUCUCCGAUCAACUCUGACGUCUUUCGAAGUCCCUUGUUUGCUGCUCUGCACCAGCAUCAGCAGAUGCAGCAGCAGCCGCUGCUCCCACCAGCGCAAACAUCGUCGUCAAGUAGCCAGCCGCAACAGCACCACCGGGUCAGCCAAUGGACAGCGACAUCGCUCGAUGCGCAUCCGUACGAGGAGCUGUCGUCGCUCACGUCUGCGCGGAAUUCCAUGCAGAGUGCAAAGUCGGCAGCGCCGCAUCACCCCUCUUUUCGUGCCAAUCCCAGUGCUAGCCCGCACCUCUCAACCGGCCGCAGCGGGAGCCAGGCAUUCAAGACGAUGAGCAACUACAGCGGGAGUGGGAGUGAGGCGAGCAGCAGCGCACUCACCUUUCCCUCGCCUGCCAGCAGUCGAGCCGAGCUGGAGCGAAAAGGAGGAGGAGGACUGGCGGGUUCGGCAAGCUUUAGCAGCAGUGGUCGGCACUACGAUGGUGCCAAUACAAGCACAGAGACGAGCCCGACUGCACUUUCGUUCAUCGCCGGCUCCUCGCCAGCUCCUCCCGUGGCAGCCUUGGCCUCGUCGUCGACGGAGCGCCUUCCUUCAAGCUCUCACCUCCCUCAACAAGGUGGCCUGCACCGAGGGCAACAAGGGCUAAAGGCAUCCGAUGACGAGAGCCAACUGCCUCCUAGCAAGCGAAGCAGCGGCAAGAGUUCCGACCUGGAAAAGGUCGAUGAGGUUCCUCUCUCGACUAGCAACAGUCGAUCCUCGCCAACAAAUCCUGCCCCCGUGGAUCAGCCUGGAGUGAUCCGGCAUAGCGCAUCAUCACCAUCGAUGAUCUCUUCGGCGGUGGCGCCCUGGAUCUACAUGUCGCCUGAACCUUCAUCGUCCACUAUGCAGUCUCAGCGAUCACACAUGGCUGCAAGCCAGAGCGCCACAGACUCGCUUCGAUCCAUGGGUGGCGGAGUAGAUGCAGCAGCGACAGCCAAGCCUUCUUUUUCUAGCUGGCGUCUGCGUGGCACCCAUGCUGGCACACCAGAACGGAAAGCAAAGAAGACCACAUUUGUCGCUGCAGAAGAGGAUGAUGUUAUUGCGGCGGCAAAGCUGGGGCCUAGGGUGUACGACGACGACGACAUUGACGACGGCCACGGCGACAAGGAUGAGGAAGAUGCCGUGUUUGUCGUCUCGGCCGAUGGGCACCCGCGAACACAGAUCGCCACUACCCAACCUGUGGAGAGCGGCCACACUUCAAGGACAAACUCGCCGAAGCCAAGAAAGGGCUUCGUCUCGGGUCUCAAGAAACUUGUACAGGAAGGCGCGAGUAAAGGCAGCCCCAAGAAGAAGCCUACAAGAAAGAGCAGCUUGACGAGAGGACUUUAUGAGCAAGAGGGGACGCUGGGAGCAGAGGCAGGAACAGCAGAGGACGAAGAAGCAGUGACGGCUCCCUCGGUCAGCAAUGGUGACGACGAGGUUCACAUAGUCUCUGCUGAAUCGAACUUCGUCAACUGGAGGCCGACGUGGAGCCGAGGAACAGCUACCCACGAUGGCUCGAUGCCCAUCCCGUCCACUAAUAGUGCCAGAGCCCUACAAUUGGCCACGGGCGUCGCACCGGCGUCUCGAAGGCCAUCGGUGGAGCCCAUGAUCAGCCCAAAAGCCAACGGUCCGGUAGCAGAUGUAAAAGCGUCGCAACCUCGCAGACCAAACACAUCCACAGCUACCCCUGCCGCUCCGGGGAAUCUUGGACCGCAUUCCAGAUCAGGCUCGGCGGAUGUGUCUCAAACGUCCAAAUCCACCCGAAGAAGGCCAUCGACCUCCUCAGUGGCAGAUUCCUUGUCUCAAUAUCCGCCCAGGGCGAGCAGUCAGAUGAUGCGCGGCACAAAGGCGAGCAAUGAAAGCUUAUCGAGCCGAUUCGGUGGCUCUACUGGACACGCCAAACAGGGAGGGGCCGGCCAUAGCCGUCAGUCAAGUCGAGCGAGUAUCAUCGAACACACCUCGCACGAAGAUGCCAAAAGGCGAAGUGGCGUCUACAGCGGGGCCGUCGUCAUUGGAUCGAGCGGCAAUCUGGCCCGAAAGGGUGGCGGUGGACGCGACGAGGCGCGAGAGGAGCUCGACGCUGGUGGACCCUAUGCUUCAUCAUCUCAGAUGUCUUUUUCGAAGAGCGAGCAGCACCUUCACGCGCCUCCGCCAGUAAGGCCGCAAAGGACGGAGCAAGAUGGUGUGGGUAACGAGCAAAUGACGACGGCUCGCGCAUCGGUCGACGUCGCUUUUAACACAGCUCACGAUCGCCGGUGGUCAUCCACUUUGGGUCCCUCGAAUGAGCGGCGUCCUCGGAGAGGAAGUGACGCGUCACUCUCGAGCUUCUUCAAAGGCCGGAGGGGGAGCGAUACCAGCGUACGCAAUCUGCACAUUGCCAAACCCUCGGAUCCGUCGACGGGCGCCACUUUCAAUCCUUCGGCUGACACUGGACGAAGUCCGGUCUUUUCGAUGUCCUAUUCCCCUAAGCCGCCGUCGUCAGCAAAGCCCAGCACCCCUUCCACUGCCAACACCGAUCAUAGAGCUGCCGUCGAGGGUCGCAGCAUGAGUCCUCUGGCGACUCUGCAGCUUCCACCUUCCGAUUCAGGUGGCAGUCUGGGCCGGCGAGAGAAGCGACAGUCUUUUGUGGGAACAGCUUCUCAGAGGUGGUCGGGUCUGUUUGGCAGCUUGCCAAGAAAGAUAUCACAUUCCAGCAUAUCGAGACCAGUGAGCGUCAGCUCUCAACAAGGCCUCUCUUCUCCUCGCUUUGAAAGUGAACAGGAUCCGCCAAUGUCGCCGACGGAGCUCAUCGUCAACAAGAUUCGACGGACAGGUCAAGAGAGAAGCGUCACUCCAGAGCCCAUCACGCACACCCCCUGGCACUCGUCAACCGGAGGCGCCUCGGAGCCAAUGCAGCGACAAUUGUCGGCCUCGCGAUCGGCGGGAGCCCUGUCCCCGGCAGAGCACCGCGCGCUGUCGCCAGUGUCACCGGAAAGAAAUUCAUCUCAGUGGGCUAGCCGACCGUCGGUAGGCGGCGACGGCACUCGACGACGAUCAAGCCUUGCCAACGGCGCAGAGGCAGGCGUGGCGUUGCAGCAACAGAGAAUGUCUUCCAAGAGACCAACAUUUGGCCUUGACCUGCAGCCAGAUGCCGCCGCAGCGUUCGACUGCAUCCCGAGCCCCAAUUUUAGAGGCAGGACGUUUUCGACGAGCUCGGCGCCAGGAUUUGUAACAACGAGCUUCCUGGAGCAGCAAGUUGGACCCAAGGACCAUCUUGGAGCUGGUAAAGCGACAGAGAUGAGCGAGACGAGAUCUCUGUCAAGAUUGGACGCCGGAAACGCCUCUGAUGCGCCCACGAUGCUGUCUUCGCCCAGAGAAGAGCUUCUCGAUCUCGAUCCCAACAGUCAAGACGACGAGGGAGAGCGGCUUCCCUUCAAGACCAAGCACCGCCGCGGAAUUAGGUUGGCUGAUCAGAGGCGCGCACUUGUUGACCAAAACGAGGAUGAUGACGUCGAGGAGCAGGUCAAGGAUGAAGAUGAGGAGCAGCCAGUUAAACUCGGAGCAAAUCGACUCAGCUACGAUGAUGAUGCUCCUCGGCCCCGUUCGAGGCAUGGGAGCGCAGACGGAGGCUCGGUGCCUCCGGCUUUUGGUGCAACUACGAAGACUUUCUCAUCAUCGACGACUGCCCUCGACAGUGGCAGCGGCAAUCGCAGCAGCGUCGCCAGCGCUGUCUUCCAGUAUGCGCCUCCACCUGUUCCAAGCCCGAGACCACCGCUGGCAGAUGCGCCGAGCUCGCCAGGAUUUGACGAGCUGGAGCUGCUUGACGAUGACGGCAGUGGUGCAGAAAUUUCUGGCGUUGCUGGCGAGGAGCACGAAUCUGAAGAUGCGUUGGUUCCGUCGUCUAUUCUGCCUAACAUACAACAGGAGGAGAGGCAGAUGAAGAAGGAGCGGCUCGCUCAAUCAACCGAGAGCCAGGACAGUUCAACAGAAUCGGCACUCCUCGGACUGAACAUUGUUUUGCCUUCUGAAUCAGCUCAAUCGUUUGGAGAUGAUCGGCGCAAAGAACAGACGGUGUCGAGGCCAAGGCAGAAUCUCGAUCAUGUCCGCUCCUCGUCUUCGAUGGACAUCUCGGGCGCGAAGCGCACUAUUGAGUCACCUCAACCACGCAGGCCGUCUACUUCGACGACGUCGCAAGGGACACCAGGAGAUCGAAGAAGCUAUACCUUUGUUUGAUCACUAGUCAUACUGUUCCACCCCCUUUGGGCAAAUUUCACUCCCCAGUUAUAUUAAAACUGCGAAGGCCUGACUACUGCACAAAUGUGAUGAGGUACU